AUGGCUCAAGUGGAAGUGUCUGCCCUGCCUGUGGAAACCGAGGAGUCCUCGGAGAGCAGGAUGGUGGUGACGUUCCUCGUGUCUGCUCUGGAGUCCAUGUGCAAAGAGUUGGCCAAGUCCAAAGCAGAAGUGGCCUGCAUUGCCAUGUAUGAGACAGACGUGUUUGUCGUUGGAACCGAGAAAGGACGUGCUUUUGUCAACGCCAGGACGGAUUUACAGAAGGAUUUUGCAAAAUACUGCAUUGCCGAAGGGGCGGAGGCCAAGCCCCCAUGCCCAGCGAACAGGAUGCAGAUCGAUUCAGGAGAAAUGGAAAUACUCAGAAAAGCGGUCGAGGACUAUUUCUGCUUUUGUUACGGUAAAGCCUUGGGGACAACGGCAAUGGUGCCUGUUCCGUACGAGAAGAUUCUGCGAGACCCUGGGGCUGUGGUCGUGCAGGGGCUUCCAGAAGGCAUGGCCUUUCAACAUCCUGAGAACUAUGGUCUCGCCACCCUGAAAUGGAUCUUGGAGAACAAAGCGGGGAUUUCUUUCAUCAUAAACAGACCUUUCCUAGGUCCAGCGAGUCAGCUAGGUGGGCCUGUGGUGGACGCAGAUGCUAAGAGGUCGGUGACAUCGCCAAGCGAAAGCUGUGGCCCCAUCAGUGUGAAAACUGAGCCGAUGGAAGAUACGGGCACGGCGGGGAAAGAGGUGGCUGUGUCGGUCAAGAAGGAAUCGGAAGAUCCUAAUUACUAUCGAUAUAACAUACAAGGCACUCACCAUCCUUGUGCAAGCGGCGAAGUAAUAGAAAUGGAAUUACCAAUGGAAGAUUCCAUUCCGCGUGUCACUUCAGAAACGGGUGAGGACCCCGAGGCCGAGGUGAAAAUUGAAGGAAGCACAAAUUCAUCCAGUAUUACAAAUUCUGCGGCAGGUGUGGAAGAUCUUAACAUUGUUCAGGUGACAAUUCCAGAUAACGAGAAGGAAAGAUUAUCCAGCAUUGAAAAGAUAAAACAACUAAGGGAACAAGUCAAUGACCUCUUUAGCCGAAAAUUUGGUGAAGCCAUCGGGGUGGACUUCCCUGUGAAAGUUCCCUACAGGAAGAUCACAUUCAACCCUGGCUGUGUGGUUAUCGACGGCAUGCCCCCGGGCGUGGUCUUCAAAGCCCCUGGUUACCUAGAAAUCAGCUCCAUGAGAAGGAUCUUGGACGCCGCAGAAUUUAUCAAAUUCACAGUCAUUAGACCGCUUCCAGGCCUGGAGCUUAGCAAUG